GCGCCCCCACUGAUUCCGUUCGAGUCGCCCCGCGAGUCUUCACGCCCCCUCGUCUCCUCCUCGUCUCUCUUCCCUCUCUCCUGCCGGGACCGCCACACACACAGCGAAUCGAAAGCGGCCUUCGGGGAAGCCGGGGAGCCGGAUGAUUAAGAGCUCCGUUGAGCGCAUACUGAACAGCCACUGUUUCGCCAGAGAAAAAUACGGGAGUCGUACGAUGCCAGGACUCACCGUAGAGCGGAGUCUGACCUCGCAGUUUAGUAUCCACCCGGGUCCAGGGCCUCGGUGGUGCUCCGAUGUUCCUCACCCAUCUUUGAAGAUCCCGGAUGGGCGGGGGGAUGGUGAAGGGGAUCACAAUCUCUCAGCUCUUAUUUACACUGAUGAUCGGCUCAUUGUCAUGCGGGACCCACCCGCCAAUGGCAAGCCCAGUGUCUGGCACUUCCAGACAAAAGUCGGUGACUGUCGCACCGUGCAGUGGGACGCGGUGCUCAGCAACAACAACCUGUUCUUGGAGAUUCCACAGGGCAGCCUGCCAGAGGGCAGCAAAGAGAGCUUUUCAAUUUUACUAGAACACGCUGAAGAAAAGUUUUCUGUGGACCACGUCAUCGUCUGCUUCUACCGUAAUCGUGAAGAUAGAGCCUCCAUGAUGCGUAUAUUCAACUAUCUGGGCUUUGAGACUGUGAAACCAGGCCAUCCCAUCGCCCCCAACAGGCCUGACGUUCUCUUCAUGGCAUACUCCAUUGAUCGUUGCCCAUCCUCUGAUGAAGAAUGAAAGUUGACGUCUUUUAAAAUGCCAUUAGUAAUUCCGGGAGUUCAGCUCUUUUAGUUUUGCUUCAUAAUUGUCAUUAACCAGUGCUAUUUGUGACUAAUGUGUUUUAAAUUUCUCUUGUGUUCAUAAAUAGCUUUGUAUUUAUUUCCUUUUUAAAAAGGUCAGCUGUGCUAGUUGGGCAGUGUUUGUUAUAACACCAUUUCUGAUACAUUGGCUUGCUUUGUGUUGAUUUAGUAAAUGCAUGAACCCAGUAGAUAACAUCUGGAUAAUUAAACAUGGCCUGCUUUGGGUAAUUAAAUACAUCUGUUUAGCAACACACUUGCUUUCAUCUUUAGAUAAUGUUUCUGUUUAAAUUUAUAACCUGUUAUUCCCAGCAUAUUGAUCUCUUCUGUGAUUUGUCUUUAUAUGGAAAAAAAUCUUGACAAUAAAGAUAAAUAACAAGG